UGUUUCUGUUUGCAGCUCUCUUACAGCUGGAAGGAGGCGGGACUCUGCUGACGGCGCUGCAGGCUCUGGGCUGUAACUGCGCCAUCGAGAAACAAGGCAUCCCACGCAGUUUGAGCUGGAUGAGGAGGGCCCCCUGUGCACAGCCAGAGGAUGCAGAGUGUGUACGAGAGGCACUUAUUGUGAUGCAGAUGACCGUUGAGGACUUCAUCACUCUGACCCACAGCUACAUUCAGGAGCAGAGGCAUGACGCAGGCUCCGGUCCCACGCUGAGCUCCUGGGUGCAGCAGCAUCAGACACGUCACCCUACUAAGACCCUAAGCCUGGUGGUCCUCGACCUGGAGAAAUACUUCAGAUUGCAGAAGUCACAAACAAAGAAACAGAAUGGAGGUGCGGAGGGGGGAGUGAAGAAGAGGAGGAAAAACGGAGGAGCCCAGAUUCUCCCUGAAGUGUCCCGGGUCGACCUGGAGGAGGCAGUGGUGCAUCUCCAGCUCCACAAUGGUGUCUCUGUCUGCUUCCUGUCAACCUGGAAGGACUUCUCAGAUCACAUCACCAUGACAACCAAAGCUGUUGCAGAAGCCCCGUUCAAGCAAGAGAGGGAGAAGACAGGCUUCUCCUUCUAUCUCGGGAGUGAGUGGGCGGGGGGGCAGCGGGUGGAUAAGGCUGGGAAGGGGCUGCUGCAGGUGUGGAGGAGACAGAUCCAGCAGCUAAACAGAGUCAGUCCGGACAUGGCCUCCGCCAUCCUGGCAGCGUAUCCCUCCCCACAGCUGCUCCACAAGGCCUAUAGUCGAUGUCAGAGUGAGCGUGAGAGUGUUUCUCUGCUGUCUGAGCUGCUGAUCCGCAGAGGAGAAGGCGUUACCUCCACGACCCGCCGCAUCGGCCCCGAGCUGUCCAGACGCCUCUUCCUGCUUAUGACCUCCUGUGACCCCGAGAACACCCUGGACUCCACCGUCUGACCUCCACCGUCUGACCUUUGCCUUACAUUUGUAUCAACAUCGGACUUAUCGCCCUCUCUGUUCACAAGAUGGAGUUUCAUACUAUGCAGUUAGAAUUCUGUUUUAAUUACAUUUCUGUUUUAUUUUUCCAUAAAGUUAUUUUAAUUAAAAAAAUCUAAUUUCUCUUAUCAGAUUCCGCUCAUGUGACCGGUUCAUGCCAAAUGUACACUCGCCAUGCCCACUCUAGAGAUGGUGGGAAACAUAAAUAUACAUAGCCUUCAGUUUAAUAAAUACUGAUGAUGAAGUAGAAAGUAAAGACAGGAGUCACAAGGAUAAUUCUCUAGCAUUAGUCGGCUAACUUACAUGUGAGGCUGUGCUACGCUGUUGAUAUUGGGGGAAGAGAAGUAGCAAAUGACAGGUUUGUUUGCGUUGUUACUAAGGAGAUAUUUAAAAUACUUUGGUAAGUUAAUAGAUAGCAGUAGCUCCCUGUAAAAGCUACUGUAGCAAACGGCAUAGGGAUCUUCUUCCAUAUCUGCAGAUAAAGGCAUCCUUAUCAUGGCUAUGUUCUUUAGAGCUUUCUUGAAUCCACUCUCAUUCACUCACUAAACUUGAUAUCGAUGUUGUCCCUCAGCCGCGGGUAUACAAACUGCUUUGAAGCUAGUAGCCCUAAAUAUAGACUGUGCAGUAAGAAAAUAUUGCUUAUCCAGGGGUUAUAUACUGUAUCUGUUCAAGUAAUCAUUUAAAAAAAGGUUUUGAAAGUUUGAA